GCAGGGCAGGGCAGGGCAGGGCCGGGCCGGGCCCGUUCUGGCUGUGCGUGUGAGUGGGCGACGGAUGCGUCCUUGUUUCUGCCUCCCGCAGUUCACCCGGUACUCGGCCCUGUUGAUGGGGAUGAUCUACGGCAAGAAGCGAUACGACUACCUAAAGCCAAUUGCCGAAGAAGAGAGAAGAAUAGAGGCUGAAGAGAAAAAGAAACGUGAAGAGCUUGAGCGGAUUGCAAAAGAACUUGCAGAAGCGAGUGAAGAGUCCAUAUUGAAAUGAACAAGAGAUUGCAUCUUAAUUUCACACAUGGAAAUACAUGGCUAGGCUCUGAAGUGUCCAGUGGUUGAUGGACUCUGCAUGCUACUCUAUCAAAUAAAGUACUUGGAACAUUU